AUGGCGGCCCGGGCUGGAGCUUCCAUGCACAAGUCGUUAAGGUUUGUUCAAGGUGGUCGGCCAUAUGAGAAUGUGAAGGUGAAACCUCAACUUUCUUCAGGCCAAAGGAGGCCUUGGAACUUUUCCAUGACAUGCACAUCACCAGUGGUGAUAGAGUUAGACCAGAUAAGAUCACAAUUGCCAGUGUCCUUGCAGCUUGUUCUCAUCUUGUUGCAAUUUGAUCAUGGAAUAUGGGUGCAUGGGUACCUGAGGAGAAGUGGCAUGGAGAGUCAUGUGGUCAUUGGGAUAGCUCUGGUUGACAUGUAUGGUAAGUGCGGAUGUGUGGACAAAGCGUAUGAGGCAGAUGGAAACAAUUUGGGUGAAGCCGAACCAUGUGACAUUUUUUGGGCUAUUGUCAGCUUGUGCUCAUUCUGGUUUAGUAGAGAAAGGUCGCUGCUCUAUCACUAUGCAAGCAUGGUUGAUAUGCUUAGUCGUGCCGGGCUGAUUGAAGAGGCAGAACGGUUUAUAAGAAGCAUGCCAAUGAAGCCAUAUAUGCAUUUGUUUACUCGGAGGCUGUCAAAUACAUGGAAAGGUCGAGUUAGGAUGAAGGGUGGCGCAAUAUUUAAUUGA